AUGCAGAGCAUGCAUGAGAAUAUGACAGCUUCUGAGGCUGCCAAAAAGGAUGAACAGACUUGUAAGAAGGAUGCCAAGUUGCAACACACCAUUCUUAAGGAACAGAAGGAGGCAGAUAUCAUGAAGCAGAGGAUGGAGCGGGAGGCUGCUCGCCAGGCUGCAAAGCAGCAAAAGGAGAUGGAUAAGGCUGCAAGAGCCGCUCAACGGCAGAUUGACAAGGAGCUUAGAGAUGCAAGAAAGGCCCAAGAGCAAAAGAGAAGGAAGAACAAGCUGCUAUACAGCAGCAAUCACGAUUGA